AGUAAUUAUUUUCCCUUUAUUCUCACUUUCUUUCUCCCUAAAUGUUCUUCUCCCUCUGUAUUUUCUCGGAAAACCCUAGAAAAUUUUGAUCUCUAAAACCUCUUCAUCCUCUAUAUUCAAUCCACUUACAUCUCUCUAGCAUUCCUAAUCUCAAUUCUUAAUUUUCCGAUCCAUUCUACUUCAUUUUUACUCACUCCGAUCAGUCUAAGCUUUCUUCAUCAACCACAGUUUUGAAUUCGGUCGAUUCUCAGCGGAGCAUCGAUCGAUUCGCCGUCGAAUCUUCAUACUGUGCAAUGGUUUCAGUUGGUUGAUUUCAAGAUGAAGUUCAAGAGGAGGAGGGCUGUAGAAGUGCCUCCAAAAAUUAAAUCCUUCAUCAAUGGUGUUAUAACUACUCCACUUGAGAAUAUAGAGGAACCGCUGAAAGGUUUUGUUUGGGAGUUCGAUAAGGGAGAUUUUCAUCACUGGGUUGAUCUUUUCAAUCACUUCGAUACAUUUUUUGAGAAGCACAUAAAAACAAGGAAGGAUUUGCAGUUUGAGGAUAACUUUUUGGAAUCUGAUCCUCCUUUCCCAAGAGAGGCUGUUCUUCAGAUUCUCCGUGUGGUGAGGAUAAUUUUGGAGAACUGUACAAAUAAGCAUUUCUAUAGUUCUUAUGAGCAUCAUCUUUCAUCUCUGCUUGCUUCCAUCGAUGCGGAUGUGGUUGAGGCUUGCCUGCAAACUUUGGCAGCUUUCUCGAAGAAAACAAUUGGAAAGUAUGUCAUAAGAGAUACUUCUCUUAAUUCAAAGUUGUUUGCUUUUGCGCAAGCUUGGGGGGGAAAGGAAGAAGGCCUUGGAUUAAUUACAUGUGCUAUAGAGGAUGGAUCUGAGCCAAUUGCUUAUGAGCUAGGUUCCACCCUCCAUUUUGAGUUCUAUGCCACGAAUGAGUCAUCCAAUGAACUUCCGGCUGAUGAACAAUCAACCCAAGGUUUACAAAUCAUUCGUUUGCCUAACAUUAACACUUAUCAAGAGUCUGACCUUGAACUUUUGAAUAAGUUAGUCAUAGAGUACAAAGUGCCCCCAAGUUUAAGAUUUUCACUUUUGACAAGAUUGCGGUUUGCAAGGGCUUUCAGCUCAUUAGCUGCCCGACAACAGUACACGUGCAUUCGCCUAUAUGCCUUCAUGGUUCUUGUUCAAGCAUGUGGCGAUACUGAUGACUUGGCUUCUUUCUCUAACAAUGAGCCUGAGCUCAUUAAUGAGUUGGUGUCAUUAUUGAGUUAUGACGAUGCAAUUCCUGAAAAGAUUCGAAUUCUGAGCCUGCUUUCCUUGGUUGCUCUUUGUCAAGAUCGGUCUCGCCAGCCUAGUGUGUUGACUGCUGUAACAUCUGGUGGGCACCGCGGCAUUCUGUCUAGCCUCAUGCAGAAGGCUAUUGAUUCCAUUGUUAGUAAUUCGUCAAAGUGGUCUGUUGUUUUCACUGAGGCUUUAUUAUCUCUUGUCACUGUUUUGGUCUCAUCAUCGUCAGGUUGCUCAGCCAUGCGUGAAUCAGGAUUCAUACCAACACUUCUGCCUCUUCUUAAAGAUACAGAUCCGCAACAUUUGCAUCUGAUCAGCAUGGCUGUACAUGUUCUAGAGGCUUUUAUGGACUACAGCAACCCAGCUGCCGCACUGUUUAGAGACCUGGGGGGUUUAGACGAUACCAUUGCACGCCUGAAAGUAGAAGUUUCGUAUGUCGAAAGUGGUUCAAAGCAGCAAGGUUCUUCUACUGAGCUAGACAGUUCUGAAUUCAGUGGUACACAGGUAGUUGCAGGGGUUUCUACUGAACUAGAUAACACGCACCCUCUUUAUUCUGAGGCGUUGGUUGCAUAUCAUCGGCGGUUACUGGUGAAAGCUUUGCUACGCGCAAUAUCUCUGGGUACCUAUGCUCCUGGAAGCACUGGUCGUAUUUAUGGUUCAGAGGAGAGUUUGUUACCGCAUUGUUUGUGCAGUAUUUUUAGAAGAGCAAAAGAUUUUGGUGGUGGAGUGUUCUCACUAGCAGCAACUGUAAUGAGUGAUCUCAUUCAUAAAGAUCCUACUUGUUUUCCUGUCUUAGAAGCAGCUUGUCUUCCAUCUGCUUUCAUGGAUGCUAUAGUGGAUGGUGUCCUUUGCUCUGCAGAAGCGAUAACAUGCAUACCUCAAUGCUUGGAUGCCUUGUGCCUCAAUAACAAUGGCCUUCAGGCUGUGAAAGAUCGCAAUGCCUUGAGAUGCUUUGUGAAAAUAUUUACUUCCAGGUCAUACAUGCGUGCCCUUACUGGUGAUACUCCUGGAUCUUUGUCUAAUGGUCUCGAUGAACUAAUGCGCCAUGCAUCUUCAUUGCGUGUGCCUGGAGUAGACAUGCUGAUUGAGAUUUUGAAUGUUAUCGCAAAGAUUGGUUCUGGGGUAGAAGCUGCUUCUUCAUCAUCUGAUUCUCCUGUUUUCAUGGAAACUGAUGCCGAAGAGAGGAAUUGUAGUCCCUCAGAUGAUAAGGAAUCAUGCAAGAUUGAGAAGACUGAUAAGUCCGCUGAGCCCACUCCUGAUGCCGCAUUGGUGAACAUUGAGUGUUUUCUUCCUGAUUGCAUUAGCAAUACUGCUCGCCUUCUUGAAACAGUUCUUCAAAAUGCCGACACAUGUCGGAUAUUUGUCGAGAAGAAGGGAAUUGAAGCUGUCUUACAGUUAUUUACUUUGCCAUUAAUGCCUCUUUCAGUGUCUGUUGGUCAGAGCAUCUCUGUGUCAUUUAAGAACUUCUCUGCACAACAUUCUACUUCCCUUGCUCGAGCUGUAUGUUCAUUCUUGAGAGAGCAUGUGAAGACAACCAAUGAGCUUUUAAUUUCAGUUGAAGGGACACAGAUUGGUCUGCUAGAAAUUUCAAUGCAGAUGAAGGUCUUGAGAUGUCUUUCUAGUCUCGAAGGUAUCCUGUCUCUUUCCAAUUCUUUGUUGAAGGGGAAUGCUGCUGUGGUCUCUGAGCUGGGUACUGCUGAUGCUGAUGUAUUGAAAGAUCUUGGGAGGACUCACAGGGAAAUUCUCUGGCAGAUUUCUCUCUGUUGUGAUUCCAAGGUAGAAGAGAAGCAGAAUGUUGAAGUAGAACCAGAGAGUGCAGAUGCAGCUGUAUCCAAUACUUCUGGAAGAGAGAGUGAUGAUGAUGCAAACAUCCCUGUGGUUAGCUACAUGAACCCUCUUUAUGUCAGGAAUAGUUCUCAAUCUCAGUGGGGUGCAGAACUUGAUUUUCUUUCAGUGGUUCUAUCUGGUGAAGGCUUUAAUCGUCGUAGUCGACAUGGGUUGACACGGCUCAGGGGUGGAAGGACGGGCAGGCAUCUAGAAGCUUUCAACAUUGAUUCUGAAGUUUCAGCCAAUGUAUUGGAGACUUCUUCCCAGGAUAUGAAGAAGAAAAAUCCUGAUGUUCUUGUUUCGGAAAGUCUGAACAAACUUGCUUCGACUAUGCGGUCUUUCUUCACAGCUCUUGUCAAAGGAUUCACGUCACCAAACCGUCGCAGAACCGAGUCUGGGUCGUUGAAUUCAGCAUCAAAGAGCAUUGGAACUGCACUGGCUAAAGUUUUUCUUGAGGGUUUUAGUUAUUCAGGGUGUUCCUCCUCUGGGAGUGAUAUGUCACUAUCAGUGAAGUGUCGCUAUCUUGGAAAGGUUGUGGAUGACAUGGCGGCUCUUACAUUUGAUAGUAGGCGACAUACUUGUUAUACAACAAUGGUCAAUAAUUUCUAUGUCCAUGGCACCUUCAAGGAACUUCUCACCACAUUUGAAGCUACAAGUCAAUUGUUAUGGACGUUACCUUACUCUAUUCCAACAUCUGGUGUUGAUCAUGAGAAAGCUGUUGAAGGAAGCAAAUUGUCUCAUAAUUCAUGGUUGCUUGAUACUUUACAAGGCUAUUGCCGUUUGCUGGAGUAUUUUGUUAAUUCUUCUUUACUUUUAUCUUCAACCUCUGCAUCCCAGACUCAGCUGCUUGUUCAGCCUGUUGCAGUUGGUUUGUCAAUUGGAUUGUUUCCUGUUCCAAGGGACCCAGAGGUAUUUGUUUGCAUGCUCCAGUCUCAGGUUUUGGAUGUGAUACUUCCUGUGUGGAACCAUCCGAUGUUUUCCAGUUGCAGUCCUGGUUUUAUCAAUUCAAUUGUUUCGCUUGUUACUCAUGUCUAUUCUGGUGUUGGUGAAGUGAAACGAAAUCGCAGUGGUAUGUCAGGAAGUACGAAUCAACGGUUCAUGGCUCCUCCACCUGAUGAAGCUACUAUUGCUACAAUUGUGGAGAUGGGUUUUACAAGGGCAAGGGCAGAGGAAGCAUUGAGACGCGUGGAAACAAAUAGUGUUGAAAUGGCUAUGGAAUGGUUGUUUAAUCAUGCUGAAGAUCCAGUACAGGAGGAUGAUGAACUAGCUCGGGCACUUGCUUUGUCUCUGGGGAGUUCAUCAGAAACCUCUAAAGUUGAUAGCAUUGAUAAAUCAAUGGAUGUCCUGACAGAUGAGGGACAAAUAAAGGCACCUCCUGUUGAUGACAUCCUUGCUGCAGCAAUGAAGUUGUUCCAGAGUAGUGACUCAGUAGCAUUCCCGCUGACGGACUUGCUUGUGACACUUUGCAAUCGGAGUAAAGGUGAAGAUCGCCCUAGAGUGAUGUCCUAUCUUAUUCAGCAGCUUAAGCUUUGUCCAUUGGAAUUUACAAAUGAUACAAAUGCUUUGAAUGCGGUAUCACAUAUUUUAGCAUUACUUCUUUCUGAAGAUGGAUGUACACGAGAAAUUGCUGCACAAAAUGGGGUUGUCUCUGUAGCGAUAGACAUCUUGAUGAACUUCAAGGCUCGAACUGAGUUUGGAAGUGAGGUUCUGGCUCCAAAAUGCAUUAGCACGCUACUUCUUAUUUUGGAUAAUUUAUUGCAGUCCAGGCCUAGGAUUUCUUCUGAUGAUACAGAAGGAAUUUCAGCAUGAGCAGGACCUUUACCUGAUUUAUCUGGAGAGCAUGCUUCACUAUCAGCUUCAGAAGCAGUUACUGAGAGAAAAUCAACUCUGGAAGCCCAUGAGAAAGAAUCUGAAACUGCAUUUGAGAAGAUUUUUGGAAAAUCUACUGGUUAUCUGACUAUUGAGGAGAGUCGCAAGGUACUGGCUAUUGCUUGUGACUUAAUAAAACAGCAUGUCCCAGCUCUGGUCAUGCAAGCUGUUCUACAGUUAUGUGCUCGCUUGACAAAAGUACAUUCUCUGGCUUUGCUGUUCCUUGAUAAUGAAGGCAUGGUUGCUCUUUUUAGUCUUCCAAAAAGUUGCUUCUUUCCUGGAUAUGAUACCUUGGCAUCUGCUAUCAUUCGGCAUUUACUUGAGGAUCCUCAGACACUGCAAACAGCUAUGGAACUGGAGAUACGGCAAACUCUUAGCGGAACUCGUCAUGCUGGUCGUGUUUCUGCACGAUCAUUUUUGACUUCAAUGGCACCUGUUAUCUCUAGAGAUCCAGGGAUUUUUAUGAAAGCUGCAACUGCUGUUUGUCAGUUGGAGUCGUCAGGAGGGAGGAAUGUUGUGGUGUUGUCAAAGGAAAGGGAGAAGGAAAAGGACAAAUCAAAGGCACCUGGUAUUGAAAUUGGAGCAUCUUCUAAUGAAUGUGUAAAAAUUCCUGAGAGUAAGACCCAUGAUGUAUCAGGUAAAUGUCCCAAAGGCCACAAAAAGAUUCCUGCAAAUCUUACUCAGGUAAUUGAUCAGCUGCUGGAAAUUAUGUUGAAAUAUCCUUUGCCUAAAAGUGAUGAGAAUUGUGCAAGUUAUUCAACUGCCAUGGAGGUGGAUGAACCUGCUACAAAGGUUAAGGGUAAAUCAAAGGUUGAUGAGACAAGGAAGAUUGAGUCCGACCACCUAUCAGAGAAAUCAGCAGCACUAGCUAAGGUGACUUUUGUUCUCAAGCUGUUGAGUGACAUUCUUCUAAUGUAUGUCCAUGCAGCUGGGGUUGUGCUGAGACGGGAUUCAGAAAUGAGUCAAGUCAGGGACUCUAGUCAUAUGGAAAGUGCUGGACAUGGUGGGAUAGUGCAUCAUGUUUUACAAUGCCUUCUUCCGCUGUCUACAGAUAAAAAUGCUGGACCUGAUGAAUGGAGAAGCAAGUCAUCUGAAAAAGCCUCAUGGUUUCUGGUGGUUUUGUGUGGUCGUUCUAGUGAAGGGCGCAGACGAGUAAUCAAUGAACUCGUGAAAGCUUUAUCUUUAUUUUCAAACUUGGAGAGCAAUUCUUCCAAGAGCAGCUUAUUGCCAGAUAAAAGGGUUCUUGCUUUUGCUGACCUGGUAUAUUCCAUUUUGUCAAAAAAUUCACCUUCCGGCAAUUUACCUGGUUCUGGGUGCUCACCUGACAUUGCAAAAAGUAUGAUAGAUGGUGGAAUGGUUCAGUCUCUUACCAGCAUUCUUCAAGUGAUUGAUUUGGACCAUCCUGAUGCUCCUAAACUUGUGAAUCUUUUACUAAAGGCUUUGGAAAGCCUAACACGGGCAGCCAAUGCUAGUGAGCAAGUCUUCAAAUCUGAUUCGCUCAACAAGAAAAAAUCCAUUGUUUCAAAUGGGAGGUCCAAUGAUCAAACAUCUACAAUGGCAGUUGUUGAGACAGUAGAGCCUGAUCAUAAUAGGAGCAGUCAACAGGAAGUUACUGAUGCAGCAGAUGCACAGCAACAGCAUAUAGGAUCUUCUCAGAAUCAAGGCGAUCAUGAUGCGGCUUCAAACCAGUCUUUGGAGCAGGAUAUGAGAAUUGAGGUGGAAGAGACUGUGACUGCUAAUCCACAUAUGGACCUUGGGAUGGAUUUCAUUCCUGAAGAAAUUGAAGAAGGUGGUGUGUUACACAAUAGAAAUCAAAUUGAGAUGACUUUUCAUGUUGAGAACAGGGCAGAUGAUGAUAUGGUUGAUGAAGGUGAUGACAUGGGGGAUGAUGGUGAGGAGGAAGAGGAUGAUGAUGAGGGGGAGGAGGAGGAUAUAGCCGAAGAUGAUGCUGCUCUGAUGCCUCUGGCUGAUACAGAUGUAGAAGACCAUGAUGAUGGUGGUUUGGGAGAUGAAUACAACGAUGAUAUGAUUGAUGAAGAGGAUGAUGAUUUUCAUGAAAAUCGUGUGAUAGAGGUAAGAUGGAGGGAAGCCCUUGAUGGGUUAGAUCAUUUGCAGGUACUUGGGCAACCCGGAGCUUCAAGUGGUCUCAUUGAUGUUGCAGCUGAACGCUUUGCAGGGGCGAAUGUGGAGGACCUUUUGGCUCGUAGGCCUCUAGGUUUUGAUCGCCGCCGCCAGACAAGUAGGACUUCCUUUGAGCGAUCUGUUACAGAAGGAAAUGGUCUUCAACAUCCUCUCCUCUUGAGGCCAUCCCAAUCUGGGGAUCUUUUUUCAAUGUGGUCGUCAGGGGGGAAUUCAUCCAGGGAUUUAGAACCCUCUGCUGGAAGCUUUGAUGUAGCUCAUUUCCACAUGUUUGAUGCCCCUGUUCUUCCCUAUGAUCAUGUACCGGCUAGUCUGUUUGGUGAACGAUUGGGUGCUGCAGCGCCACCGCCACUGGGUGAUUUCUCUGUGGGUCUGGAUUCAUUGCGUUUGCCUGGCAGAAGAGGGCCAGGUGAUGGUAGAUGGACAGAUGAUGGUCAGCCACAAGCAGGUGGUCUAGCUGCUGCUAUUGCACAGGGAAUUGAGGAACAGUUCAUGUCUCAAUUACGCAGUUUUGCUCCUGCUGACAGUUCAGUCGAAAGGCAGUCACAGAAUUCAGGACUGCAUGAGAGACAACAGGUAGAUGCCCUUGUAACAAAUGAUAGCCAACAGGCAGUAAUUGAUGAUAGCACUGUUGAUCAGCAAACUGAAGGUCAGGAUCAUGUGAAUGGUGGUGAAACUGCUGCUAAUCAUGAAACUAGUCCAAUGGUUGAAAGUGUUCCCCAUGAAGAACAAGGCAACCCACAGGUUGUUGAAUCCAAUGAAUGCCUACAGGUAUGUGAACCUAUGUCCAGUGAUGCGCAAGCUGAGAAUGGUGCUUUAAAUGGUCAUGAUAGCAUGGAAGCUGGGGAAGGAAAUGGUACCACCAACGAGCAGGAUGUGGGUCAUGAUAGAUCUUCAGCGACAGAUAGCCAGUCUAGUAAUCAUGCAUUGCUAACUUCAGGCUUUGAGAUUUCUAAUCCAGGUGGUUGUCAUGAUUCUUUGGUCAAUGGAAGUCGCGAUGUUGAUAUGAACAGUAUGCCCAUGGAAGGAAAUCAAGUUGAGCAACCCCUACCUUCUGAGGUUGGUGUGGAUGAACCAUUGUCAACGCAGAACACAAUGGUUGCUCAAGAUGCUGGUCAAACUGAUCAGCCUAAUUUGAAUGAGCCUCCUAAUGCAAAUGGUAUAGAUCCAACCUUCUUAGAGGCGCUUCCUGAAGAUCUCAGGGCAGAAGUUCUAGCUUCCCAACAAGCUCAAUCUGCACAAGCUCCAACUUAUGCUCCGCCUUCAGCAGAAGAUAUUGAUCCAGAGUUUUUAGCCGCUCUCCCUCCCGAAAUUCAAGCAGAAGUUUUGGCUCAACAACAGGCACAGAGGAUUGUACAGCAGGCCGAAGGACAACCUGUUGAUAUGGACAAUGCUUCAAUUAUAGCCACUUUCCCUGCUGAUUUACGUGAAGAGGUGCUUUUGACUAGCUCGGAUGCAGUUUUGUCAGCAUUGCCCUCUCCAUUACUUGCUGAAGCACAAAUGCUCAGGGACAGAGCAAUGAGUCAUUAUCAGGCUCGCAGCAUUUUUGGAAGUACCCACAGGUCUAAUAAUCGGAGAAAUGGUUUAGGGUUUGACAGGCAGACAAUGAUGGACAGAGGUGUUGGUAUUACAAUAGGCCGAAGGGCAUCUUCUGCUCUUGCAGAGGGCUUGAAGUUGAAGGAAAUUGAAGGGGAGCCACUUUUGAAUGCACAUGCUUUGAAAGCAUUGAUCCGACUUCUAAGAUUAGCACAGCCUCUUGGGAAAGGCCUUCUACAGAGACUAUUGCUGAAUUUAUGUGCACAUAGUGUUACAAGGUCGAUUCUAGUUCGGCUUCUUAUCGACAUGAUCAAGCCUGAGACUGAAAGCACAGUCAGUAAAUUGACCACUGUUAAUUCCCAGAGGCUUUAUGGUUGUCAAUCCAAUGUUGUUUAUGGUAGAUCACAGCUGUUGGAUGGUCUUCCCCCCCUGGUGUUGCGCCGGAUACUUGAGAUUUUGACUUACCUGGCCAACAACCAUUCUGCAGUUGCCAAUAUCUUGUUCUACUUUGACCCCUCACUUGUUCCAGAGUAUUCAAAUCUAAAACAUUCAGAAAUUAAGAAGGAUAAAGGGAAGGAGAAAAUUGAGGGAGGAGAUUUAUCUAACCCUUUAGGGAACUUUCAGAGAGGGGACGUUCCUUUAAUACUGUUCUUGAAACUCUUGAGCCAACCGCUUUUCUUAUGCAGCAGUGCUAACCUUGAGCAGGUCAUGGGUCUGAUUCAAGUAGUUGUCGAUACCGCAGUAUCAAUGUUGGAGUGUCAACCUCAUUCUGAACAGGCAGCUGCCAUUUCCGAAAAUACGUCUGAGAGUGAAGCUAUAGGUGGUGUUCAGAAAGACAUGCCUUUAUCUGAAGUGGAAUCUAAUCAAGAUGAUAAAAAAGCCAGUGCUGAGUCAUCCACAUCGGAUGGGACGAGGAGCAUCAGCACAUAUGAUAUCUUCUUGCAGCUCCCGCAAGCUGAUUUGUACAAUCUAUGCAGCCUUCUUGGCCAUAAGGGGCUUUCAGACAAAGUCUACACACUUGCUGGUGAAGUAUUAAAGAAGUUAGCCUCGGUUGCUGCACCCCAUCGAAAGCUUUUUAUUUCAGAGCUUUCAGAGCUUGCUCAUAGUUUGAGCAGUCCAGCCGUCAGUGAGCUCAAUACACUGAGAAAUACGCACAUGCUGGGUUUGAGUGCUGGAUCCAUGGCUGGGCCUGCUAUUCUUCGUGUGCUUCAGACACUUAAUUCACUUACUAGUGUUGAUGGAAAUAAGGGUGUGGAGGUUGAUGGGGAACUGGAAGAGCAUGCCAUUAUGUUGAAAUUGAGCGUUGCACUAGAGCCAUUGUGGCAAGAGCUGAGUGAUUGCAUAAGCACUACUGAGGCCGAAUUAGCACUGAGCUCUUUCUCUUCAAUUAUGUCAAAUACAAAUGUCGGGGAGCAUGUGCCCGGAUCAUCAUCACAAUCUCCUCUUCCUCCUGGAACUCAGAGAUUAUUGCCUUUCAUUGAGGCUUUCUUUGUUUUAUGUGAAAAACUACAAGCAAGCAAUUCCACCAUGCAGCAAGAUCAUGCAGACAUAACUGCCAGAGAAGUGAAAGAGGUCACUGGGACUUCAGCUCCAUCACCCAGCAAAUGUGGAGUGGAUUCUCAAAAAAGGCUUGAUGGGGCUGUCACUUUUGUGAAGUUUGCUGAGAAGCAUCGUCGACUACUGAAUGCUUUUGUCAGGCAGAAUCCAGGUUUGUUGGAGAAAUCCCUUUCUAUGAUUCUGAAGGCACCGAGGCUUAUUGAUUUUGACAACAAAAGAGCCUAUUUCCGCUCAAGAAUUAGGCAGCAGCAUGAGCAGCACCUCUCUGGUCCACUGCGGAUAAGUGUUCGACGAGCAUAUGUUCUAGAGGACUCGUAUAAUCAAUUGCGGAUGCGACCUGCUCUGGACUUGAAGGGUAGAUUAAAUGUACAUUUUCAAGGAGAAGAGGGUAUUGAUGCUGGUGGUUUGACAAGAGAGUGGUAUCAAUUACUGUCGAGGGUUAUUUUUGACAAGGGAGCUUUGCUUUUCACCACUGUGGGAAACAAUGCAACCUUUCAACCAAAUCCCAACUCCGUUUACCAGACUGAACAUCUUUCUUAUUUUAAAUUUGUGGGUCGCGUGGUUGCUAAGGCUCUGUUUGAUGGGCAAUUGUUGGAUGUUUAUUUCACUCGGUCCUUCUACAAGCACAUUCUUGGUGUGAAGGUUACUUAUUAUGACAUAGAGGCUAUUGAUCCAGAUUACUACAAGAACUUGAAGUGGAUGCUGGAGAAUGAUGUGAGUGACAUACUCGAUCUGACAUUUAGCAUGGAUCCAGAUGAGGAGAAGCAUAUCCUGUAUGAGAAAACUGAGGUUACUGAUUAUGAGCUUAAACCUGGAGGAAGGAAUAUAAGGGUCACAGAAGAAACAAAGCAUGAGUAUGUGGACCUUGUGGCUGAGCAUAUUCUGACAAACGCUAUCCGCCCUCAAAUUAAUUCCUUCAUGGAUGGUUUCAAUGAAUUGAUACCUCGAGAACUUAUUUCUAUUUUCAAUGAUAAAGAGCUUGAGCUUCUAAUCAGUGGGCUGCCUGAAAUUGAUUUGGAUGAUCUGAAGGCCAAUACCGAGUAUACUGGAUACACUGCAGCAUCUAGUGUUGUUCAAUGGUUUUGGGAGGUUGUAAAAGCUUUUAACAAGGAAGAUAUGGCAAGAUUGCUGCAAUUUGUGACCGGUACAUCAAAGGUUCCUUUAGAGGGUUUUAAAGCAUUGCAAGGCAUUUCUGGUCCUCAGAGGCUUCAAGUCCACAAAGCGUAUGGUGCUCCUGAGCGGCUUCCAUCAGCUCAUACCUGCUUCAAUCAACUAGACCUCCCCGAGUAUACUUCCAAGGAACAGCUUCAAGAGCGCUUGCUCCUUGCUAUCCAUGAAGCUAGUGAAGGAUUUGGCUUUGGUUGAAUGUAAAAUUCUUCAUUGCAUCAUCACUGCCUUACUGCCAGCACUCAAUCUUCUUCCGAUUUCCAUGUACAUAUACAGGACUGAUUCAGAUUUAAGUGCUGUUACCGUUACAUCGCACGUUUAGGGAGGCCCUUGUUGGGAAAGAAGCCAGCAUCGGAAUUGGGAAUUUCAGAUAGAAGAAUCUCUAUGAUGCCGUAACAGUUAGGAAGUGGUGCCCUAAUCGGCCUUAAAGAGCAGCAGAUGAUGUGUAUGCUUUUUGUUGAUGACAGAUGGGCUUUCUCGGUGUCAAUUGGCAAAGAAACUGUUUCUUUGGUAGUUUCUUGGCAGUCUUUAUCUUUAUAGAUUCACAGAUAUGUGCAAUAAUGUCUUUAGAGAAUUUGCCACUCUUUCGUAUAUCUUUUUUUGGCCUUUUUUGGUCUUAUGUUAAUAUUCUUCAUAUAUAUAUAUAUAGUGGCCAAUCUGCAUUCUUAUAGUCC